AAGAAAAAAUGGGUGCUGUUGGAAUCUUCGCAAUCUUUCUUUCAAGCUCUCUGUGUCUCUACUUUGUCUUGGCUCUAAUCCGGCUCGUUAACAAACUAUGGUGGACUCCUAUUCGCAUACAACAUCAAAUGCGUUCACAGGGAAUCGCAGGUCCUUACAGAUUCGUCUGUGGAAGCACCAAAAAAAUUUUCAACAUGAAAAAUGAAGCCAAGUGUAGGCCUAUGGAUUUAUCAAAUGACAUAAUGUCCAAAGUUCAGCCUCAUGUUCAUUCAUGGAUCAACAUAUAUGGGAAGAAUUAUCUUCAAUGGUAUGGCACUCAGCCUCAAUUGGUCAUUACAGAACCAGAGCAAAUCAAAGAGAUAAUGAACAAUAGAGACAAAGCUUAUCCGAAGGAAGAGGUUGUAGGCUAUCUGAAGAAGCUCUUCAGAGAUGGGCUUUCGGCAUCUGAAGGUGAAAAAUGGGCAAAGAUGAAGAAAUUGGCCAAUCAUGCCUUCCAUGCCGAGAGCCUAAAAGUUAUCUCUUAUUUGCUUUGAAAAACAUGUUUAAUUUAUUAUAUUUAAGUUUACAACAAUGGCAACAACAAAUUUGG